ACUCUGAGCAGCAGCUCCGGUGUGUGCGGGCCGCCGGGUGUGUCUCUCCGCUCGGCUGAUGGAUAUUCCGGUUUUUCCGGUCGGCUCCUCCUGGUUUUAACCGCUGCAGCUCCGAGUCCCGCUUCAGUCCGAGCAGCAGCAGCAGCAGCAGCAGCAGCAGGAUGGCCUCCAACACUGCCACCAUGGGGAACCUCCCCAGCGGGAUCGGAAUAUGCACGACCAUCCCCGACAUCCUCUACCUGCCUGAGCUGAUCUUCGGUGGCCUGGUCUGGAUCUUGGUGGCGUGCACGCUGGUGGUGCCACAGAACCCUCAGGGCUGGGUCAUGUUCGUCUCCGUCUUCUGCUUCAGCUUGACUUUUAUCUGGAUGGUGGUGUUCGCCUGCGGGGGGCAUCGCAACAAAGGCAGCUGGGCUGCAGCAGACUUUGCGUAUCACGGCAUUGCGGCCUUCUUCUACCUCAGCGCCUCAGUGGCUUUGGCUACAGUGACCCUGGGCUUAGAUGAUGGGACUGGCUCCCAAAGCUACAAGCUGGACAUCGCUGCAGUGGUGGGCCAUCUUGUAGCAAUCCAGUAUCGUUUGCUAACGGUCAGCUACUUGACAGAGACAAACUAGCUCAACAACACGGCCAAACGUCUUCUCGUACGUGGCGACUCUCCUCUACUUCAUCCACGCCAUCCUGUCUGCCAUCCGAUGGAAAUCUUUCUAGAGACAAAGCUGAUUUUUGAAGUUUGAACAUGAAGCUGCAGCACGCUGACGUGAAGAUGAGGGGAGGGCUGACGGUGAUGGAGGCUGACUGCAGAGGCGUUUGGAUUCUGUAUCACCGCAGCGUCUCUCAGCGUCCGGCUGUAUGAAGCAGGAGGGGUUCAGGGAUUUGAAGUGAUGACGUGAAGAAGUUUCGGCUUCGUCAGUUCUGUCGAUGGAUCCACAGAAGCUGCGGAGCGUGUCAGCAGGUUUACAGCCUCACACAUGACUGACGCUGAAGCAAAAAUGCUGAUUAGACUGGUUUUUAUUUCUGAGCUGUUUCUGACAGUUUCUAUUAUUCUGUCCACCCCCACAUGUUCUGUGAGCUCUGCCUCCUCUGAGCGCCCUCACUGCUGUACCUUUGUUAUGGCUUUCCUUCAGAUCCGUCUUCCUGUUCUGCUCUCAGCUGAUGAAAGAAAGAUGUUGAUGUGGCUGAAUUCAGGCUGUAUUUUUUUAUAACUUUCUCAACAAGAAGAUCAAAUUAAAUAUGGAUCAAAGCAGGAAAUUAAACCAGGCUGUAUAUUGAGACUUUUGUUUUUGUAAUCUAAGCCUUGAUAACUUCAUUCAUGCUUCGUUUUUAUACGUUUUUGAGACUGUUGACGUCACUGAGGAUGAAUAAAUGUGU